GUUGUGACUAGAACCAUUUCAUUUUUCGUUUUCAUGUUUCGAAUGUAUCUGCAUACCAUUUAAAUUUCCGAAAACUAAAAUGAGUAAAGUUGUUGUUAAUAUACAGAGUCAUGAAGUCAAGUUUUUCUACUUGCGUCAAUGUGAAAGCUUCAAUUUUUUUUUCUUUGUAUUUGCCUUUCUUUUUCCUAACAAGUGUGAUCCUUCUUAUACGUUUGGUUUCUUUUUGACAAAUUUUACAAUUAAGCUAAAGACUAUUAAUAGAUCUAGGUAGAGUUUAUACUGUAUAAUGAAAAAACCUUCAGCUAGUUUUCCUCUUCUUGCAAUAUGGAUUUUGCUUCUUCUUUAUUUUGCUUCCUUUUAUCUGUUUUUCUGAUGUUAGUUCAGGCAAUGGGCAGAAAUGAUUCAACUUGUCCAAAAUCCUUUUCAUGUGGAAAUCUUACUAACCUGAGCUUUCCUUUCUCUCUUUCCACACAACCUGACUGUGGAAUAAUGUUCUUAUCUGGUUGUGAUGCUAAAACAUUUCCGAAAAUCCGACUGCUUCCUGAAGGAGAUUGGUACUAUGCUGUAGUAAAUUUGUUUAAUUAUACAGUUUGGGUUGAGGACCCUAAGCUUCAUGCCAAGUUGAGGCAACACAAGUGUCAGGCUUUUAACAAAAACUUAUCAUUGCCAGCCUCUCCUUCUAUUUCUUUUGAAAUUCUCCCAGUGAAUAUUCUCAACUUCAUCAAAUGCAACAGCACUAGUAGUAGCACCCCAAACAUUACCCAUAAAAUGAAAGAUUAUUUUGCUGAUUAUAGAAUGUACAAUGGCUGUAAAGACUUUAGCAUAUACUACAAGCUUCAUGGAGGCGAUGAUGAACACGUUCGAGCAGGCAAUCUUCCUGCCAACUGUUCACUUAUCAGACUGCCGACCCACUCGAGAUCAGAUGAUGGUGAUUUGUUCAAUAUGUUAAGCGCCGGUUUUCUAGUAGAAUGGAAACUGUCUGAGGACUGUAACAAAUGUCACUAUGGUGGAGGUCAAUGCCAGACUGAUAUAACCAACAAAUUUCAUUGUGCAUAUCCAAAUAAUCAACAUGAUCAAGGUCAUCAAGAAAUUUCUUCACUUGAAAAAGAUGCAAAAAUGGCUAAAAGAAAGUUCAGACUGACUCUGGGAGCAGUUUUUGGUGGAUUAGGAUUGGUGAUGAUUUGUUUAGCUGUCUACUUUAUCUGGUGUUGCAAGAGGAGGAAAUUUAAUCCGCCCCACUUCCUCUCAACAAGGAAAUUGUCAUAUUUAUUUAAAAAUGAUGUUGAGGGAGGCAGUAUAUACUUUGGCAUCCCAGUCUUCUCUUAUUCAGAACUUGAAGAAGCCACAAAUGAUUUCAAUUCCUCUCGAAUCCUUGGAGAUGGAGGUUUCGGAACUGUUUACUAUGGGAAACUUAAGGAUGGACGAGAGGUUGCUGUGAAGCGCCUUUACGAGCACAACUGCAAACGAAUGCAGCAGUUUGUAAAUGAAAUUGAGAUCCUUACUAGGCUAAGGCACACCAAUCUUGUCACUCUUUAUGGCUGCACUUCAAGGCGUAGCCGUGAACUAAUCCUUGUCUAUGAAUACAUUCCUAAUGGAACUCUUGCCGAUCACCUCCAUGGUGACAGAGUGAAGGACGGAUCACUCACCUGGCUAGUCCGCAUGAACAUUGCCAUAGAAACUGCUGGUGCAUUGGCUUACCUGCAUGCGUCUGACGUAAUACACUGCGAUGUGAAGACUAAUAACAUACUCCUUGAUCACAACUUUAAUGUUAAAGUUGCAGAUUUUGGGAUAUCACGGCUUUUCCCAAAUGAUGUCACUCAUAUUUCAACUGCACCCCGGGGUACCCCUGGCUAUAUCGAUCCAAAGUAUCAUGAAUGUUACCAGCUGACUAGUAAAAGUGAUGUUUAUAGCUUCGGGGUGGUCCUUGUCGAGCUCAUUUCAUCAAUGCCAGCUGUGGAUAUGACUAGACAUAGCCAAGAGAUUAAUUUGGCUAACUUUGCAAUAAACAAGAUUGUAAAAUGUGCAUUUAAUGAGUUGAUUGAUCCAUCCCUGGGGUUCGACUCAGAUACCAAGAUUUUGGAGAUGACUACUUCAGUGGCAGAGUUGGCUUUUCUAUGCUUACAGACAGAUAGGGACAUGAGGCCUACUAUGGUUGAAGUUUUGGAUACUCUAAAAGAGAUUCAGAUUAGUGAAUUUGACAAUGAGAAGAGAGCUGACACUAAUCUCAGUGGAAAUGAAGCUAAAAUUGUUACAGCACUCCCUUUCCCUAAAUCAGAAGAUAAGUUUAUGCUGAAACAAGUUAAAUCACUGUCUUCUCCAAAUUCUGUUACUGAUAAAUGGGUUACUUGCUCUGAUAUAACUACUACAAAGUAGUUAAAAGUUCUAUACUCCCUUUCUUUGUUAUUGAUGUGAAUUUUGAGAGAUUACGAAUGUACAACUGUAAGAGUUUCUUGAGCUAUGUAUCUAUGAGUGAAAGUGAUUCAAUAUUUGAUUUGAUUAUA